AUGACCGCCACCCUCAGGGCCCUAUUCUGCCUCGGGCUGAGUGUGGGCCUCAGGAACCCAGUGCAGGCAGGGCCCCUCUCCAAACCCACCAUCUGGGCUGAGCCAGGCUCUAUGAUCCCCCAGUGGAGACCCGUGACCAUCUGGUGUCAGGGGACCCUGGAGGCCCAGGAGUACUAUCUGUAUAAAGAGGGAAGCCCAGUGCCCUGGGACAGACAGAAGCCACUGAAGCCCCGGGACAAGGCCAAGUUUUCCAUCACAUACAUGACAGAGCUUAAUGUUGGGAUAUAUCGCUGUUACUAUCUCAGCCCUGAUGGCUGGUCAGAGCGCAGUGACCCCCUGGAGCUGGUGGUGACAGGAUCCUACAGCAGACCCAGGCUCUCAGCCCUGCCCAGCCCUGUGGUGACCUCAGGAGGGAACGUGACCCUCCAGUGUGGCUCAGGGCAGGGAUUUGGCAGGUUCAUUCUGACUAAGGAAGGAGAUCACAGGCUCUCCUGGACCCUGGACUCACAGCGACAGCCCAGUGGGCAGUUCCAGGCCCUGUUCCCUGUGGGCCCCGUGAUCUCCCUUCACAGGUGGACAUUCAGAUGCUAUGGCUGUUACAGGAACAGACCCCAGGUGUGCUCACACCCCAGUGACCCCCUGGAGCUCCUGGUCCCAGGAGACUCUGAGGAUCCGCAGCUCCCCCCCAUGGAGUCAGGACCCCAGAAGGGUCUCAAAUGGUACAUGAUCAUCCUGAUCGGGGUCUCGGUGGCCCUGGUCCUGCUGCUCUCCCUCCUCCUCUUAUUCCUCCUCCGCUUCCGGCGUCAGAGCAAAGGCAGGACAUCAGGGACCACAGACCCAGAGCCCAAGGACAGAGGCCUGCAGAUCAGCUCCAGCCCAGCUGUGCACACCCAGGAGGAGCACCUCUCAGAUGCUGAUGUGAUGGACCCGCAGCCUGGGGAGAGCGUGGAGCUGGAUCCUCGGAACAGGCAGGAUGAAGGCCCCCAGGGAGUGACGUACGCCCAGGUGAACUGCUCAAGACCAAGACCCGGGCCGGGAAUGGCCACCUCUUCUUCCUCCCCUUCUGGGGGGUUGCUGGACCAGAAGGGCAGACAAGCAGAAGAGGACAGUCAGGCUGCUGCGUCGGAUGCCCUCCCACAUACAGCCUAUGCCCUGCUGAAAGGCUCGGCCCUCAGAUAGAGGACAACACCCCCUUCCUCCCAUCAGAGGAGCCCCCAGAUGAGUCCAGUGUGUACGCUGCUCUGCCCAUCCACUAGCCCAGACCCCACAGUGCAGAGAGAGGGCCUGCCAGGACCCCUGAGGACACUGGAGCGACCCCCAUGGACACUCAGUGCCCUGGCCAGUCUGGAGAUCUGACGUGGACCCCCAACUGCUCCUGGGAUGCCCCUGGGAGUCGCCUGAUUCUGCAAUCACAGAUGACUAAUAUCCCUACAUUAUGGAAUCAGAGCAAUAGACUUCUCAAUAACCAACUUGUGAAUUGAUUAUUGACAGGAAGUGAGCCAAUGCUUUCAAUGAAUGCUCAUGUAAAUAUUAUGCAUCAAGCCUAUGAAAUAAAAAAAAUUAAGAGA